AUCACCGAAUGGGAGGAGCGCGCGAGGAGCUCCCUCACCCCGGCGAGAGUGUUUUUAGAGGGCCGCAUCGUGUCGCAGAUGAAGCAUGGCAGGAGACAGCGAGACAAAGCAAGGUGACCAAGCCGAAAAUGAGAGCAUUGAUCGGCAGCCGUUCCUCAUCGGCGUGGCCGGAGGGACAGCCAGCGGGAAGUCGUCGGUGUGCAGCAAGAUCAUGGAGCUGCUGGGCCAGAACGAGAUCGACCACCACCAGCGGCAGGUGGCCAUCCUCAGCCAAGACAGCUUCUACAGGGUCCUCACCCCGGAGCAGAAGGCCAUGGCACUCAAGGGCCAGUUCAACUUUGACCACCCAGAUGCCUUUGACUGCGACCUUAUAAUCUCGACUUUGUGGGACAUCAAGGAGGGAAAAACCGUACACAUUCCCGUUUAUGACUUUGUUUCUCAUUCCAGGAAGGAAGAGACGGUGACCGUGUACCCUGCUGACGUGGUGCUGUUCGAGGGCAUCCUGAUGUUCUAUUCUCAGGAGAUCCGAGACCUUUUCCAAAUGAAGCUGUUUGUGGACACCGACGCGGAUACACGUCUAUCUCGAAGAGUGCUGCGUGAUAUAAGUGAUCGGGGACGUGACCUGGAAAGCGUUUUAGCCCAGUACAUUACUUUUGUGAAGCCUGCGUUUGAGGAGUUCUGUCUGCCAACAAAGAAAUAUGCUGAUGUGAUCAUACCGAGAGGAGUUGAUAAUCUCGUUGCCAUAAAUCUUAUUGUCCAGCACAUCCAGGAUAUUCUGAACGGCGGUUUGACGAAGCGGCUGAACGGAUGGGUAAAUGUUUAUGCAACGAUGACGACAACCAAGAAGCAGCCAAACAUGGAGUCGAGCAGCCGGCCUCACUGAGUGUGUGGGGGGGCAACACUACGGUUAACAAGGCAGGGCUGAUUUCCAGGGACACACAAGGCCUCUUUUUGCUAUGAAGAAAUGAAAUCCCUUUUCACGGCGUUUAAAGCCGCCUUCAGUUGUAUUUCUCUUCAGUUUGUGUACUAUAUGUGAGGAGGGAUGUGGAAGGAUGCAAAGGGGCUAAGUUGCUAUUUAAUUUCAUAUUGCUGCUUGCCGUUACCACAGCACUGACGAAGCAGGCGCUGUUAUGUCAACACCUGACAGCCUUUAACCAGGCAAUGAAUGCAUUCAAGCGACAUGCUGUCUAAAGGCAAGGCCUUACCUUGGCUCACUGCGGUUAUAAGGUGCACCGUGUGACCUCUCUUUGGCAUUGCAAUUGUCAUGUCUUUUUUUUUCCAAGAUCUGUGUAAAUCCUGAUUUGACUGGUUCUACUGUAUUUUGAAAAAAAUGCACUAAUGGUUUGAUAUUUCAGACGUUUGCGUCUUGCGUUGUCUUAUCUGAAUCUAACAAACUGAAUCAGUUAUUUGUCAAUUUAAACAACCGAUUCCCACCUCAAACCAUAUAUGUAUGAAAUCACCAAAGAGCUGUUUUUGUGUACAGAUUUAUUUUUAUUUCAAUGUGAUGCUAACGUUACCUUAAUUCAUUUCAUAAGAAGUUGUCACGAAAUAACCACAAGGUAUUAUCUUUCUUUUGAAUCCUUUUGAACUGGAAUAUUCAGAUGCGUUGUAUCCAGGUUUAAUUUGAAAGACACAUGGGAAGUUUCUUAUUGCACUGAGUUGUUCAAAUGUCAACAUGUAAAAUUGCACUGCAAGUGUUUGAUUGGGUUUUUGUCCUAUGUACAUUUUGUCAUGAUAAAGUUCUCAGGUACUCUGUUU